GUAUCGAUUCGGCCCAACCCAAUGCAAGUAGCAAAGACUUGUUCUUUCCGUAGCUCCCACAUGGUUGAUCUUUGAGCUUGAAAAUUGAAGCUCUUUCUCCGGCUGAACUCCAUCAUGGCUGACAAUCAGCAGCACCACCGCCAUCACCGCCCCAACCGUCUUUCUCUACCGCCGCGCACCGCCGUACCUAUCAUCACCUCCACCCCUACUACCACAAGAACCCCUUACCCUUCUUUUAACUACCCUCCUUCCACUCCUACACCAACUCCAUCCAAACACAGAGUUUCCUAUCUCCCCACCAAAUCUUCUCCGGCUAAAACCUCUUCUUUGCCAUUUCUCUUCCUUCUCCUCUUCUCUCUCCGCUCCUUUUACUCUCUCCUCCCUUUCCUUCAAUCUUCCCCUUCCUCUUUCUCUCUUUUCCCCUUCUCUUUCCUUGUUUCUCUCCUUUCCUUCCUUCUCACUUUCUCUUUCUCCUUCUCCUUCUUCAGUUCUUCCUCUUCCAGUAGACACCCUUUUUAUCAGAAGAAUCGUCAUGGGUUUUUCUCCUUGACCCGAUCUCAGUACAAGCCUCUACUAGCUAAAUCGUUUCUUCUUGCUAUAGUCUUUCUUCUCCGAUUUCAAGCCCUUCGGUAUUGCGGAGCUGCCGCUAUGAUUCUCGCGGAGAUUUCUGGAAAUAUUGCUUCCCGGUUCAUUUCUGAAGGAAAAAGUCGCGAUCUUUUUGACCGGAAUCGGAUUAGAUCGUAUGAGGUUUGUGGGUUUAUCUCUAUGUUUAUUGGGUUAGUACUGUUAUCUAUUAGUUGGGAUAAAAUUGAAUGUUUCCCUUUAUCUUCUGUGAAUGUGUAUGAACUGGGGUUUUCAUUGCUUCCGAGGUAUAGUUGUGUUAGGAUUUGGCCAAUGUUGCUUCCGUUUCUUUCUGGUUUUUUGGGGUGUUUUGAGAGUAGUUCCAUGAAUUGGGGCAGUUUGAGGGAAAUGGGUAAGAAGCAGCUUCGAUUGGUCUCGUUGUUUUUUACAACUGUAAUACUAUUUGUACCAGCUGUUAUAAGUAUGUUUGUAUUUGAAGCAGAGGGGGAUAGUAUUUCUAUAUACAAUCUUGGUUGGCCUUUAGUGAACACAGUAGUGUUUGGUGUGCUAUUGAGUGAGAAUUUUACUGCUGAGAAGCCAGUUUCUUCUAAGGACUUACAAAAGGAGUAUCUUGUAACAUAUAUUUGUACAGUUAUAUUGGAAUUGUUUUAUUUCCCUGAGCUUUCACUUUGGGGAUUGUUGAUAUGUGGAUUGUUGCUCUGGGUUUCUGUAAGGAAUUUGGAUCCUGUUGACCCUAAUUAUCUUGAGUUGGGGUUGGAAACAUCGGAUUGGUUUACAACUUCAGUUAUGAAACCUCUCCGGCAUAUCUUGGGUGAGAGGAAGUCACGCAAGAUUGCGCUUUUCCUUUUGAUCAAUACAGCUUACAUGGUUGUGGAAUUUGCUGCUGGUUUUAUGAGUAAUAGCCUUGGGUUGAUAUCAGAUGCUUGUCACAUGCUGUUUGAUUGUGCAGCUCUAGCUAUUGGAUUAUAUGCGUCUUACAUAUCACGGUUGCCAGCAAAUGGUCAGUUUAACUACGGCCGUGGAAGAUUUGAGGUUCUUUCUGGGUAUACAAAUGCUGUUCUUUUGGUCCUUGUGGGAGCGUUAAUUGUACUUGAAUCAUUUGAGAGGAUAUUAGACCCUCAAGAGGUUUCCACUAACAGUCUAUUGUCAGUGUCUAUUGGAGGGCUGCUUGUUAAUAUUGUGGGUUUGAUCUUCUUUCACGAGGAACAUCAUCAUGCCCAUGGUGGAUCAUGUUCACAUUCCCAUUCUCAUUCCAAGUCUGAUACAGAUUGCCACAGUAACGAACAUCACCAUGAUCAUCAUGUUCACCAGACAAAGACAGAAUUCUCCACAACUUCUCAUUCCCAUUCCCAUUCCCAUUCCUACUCUCCUUCCACAUGCCAUGAUCACCAUAUUCAUGAUCAUGAUCAUGGUGGUCACCAUGUACAACAGGAACAAAUCAGUAUUGUCCAUGAAUGCCAUGAAUCAUGUUCUAGUCAUGCUGGUCAUGGACAUAAUGCUGACUAUACAAAGCAGAGCAAGAAAGAAAAAGAAUGGAAUGAAAAUAACACUCCUCAUUCUCAUGAUCACUCCCAUGACCAUAAUCAUGGACACCAUCAUCAUGGUGAUGCUGACCAACAUUGUCAUGGUGUCACCUCAAGUAGUUCUUCGAUUAAGGUGCACGAUGGCUCUGUUGCAAGUUUUCAAGGACCAGAUUGUUCUCAUGGUCAUAAACAUGUUACUACAGACAAGGGUGUCACGGAGAAACAUCACCACCAACACCGCCACAUUGAUCAUAACAUGGAAGGCAUCUUUUUGCAUGUUUUGGCUGACACCUUGGGUAGUGUUGGGGUGGUAAUUUCAACGCUCUUAAUCAAGUACAAGGGAUGGCUUGUUGCUGAUCCUGCCUGCUCAAUUUUUAUCUCUGUACUGAUUAUAUCUUCAGUAAUCCCAUUGCUCAGGAAUUCAGCAGAAAUUUUACUGCAAAGAGUUCCAAGGGCGCAUGAACAUGAUUUGAAGGAAGCUGUAAACGAUGUUAUGAAAAUAAAAGGUCUUUCUGGGAUUCAAAAGCUGCAUGUUUGGAGCUUCACGAACACAGAUGUUAUUGGAACUCUCCAUCUUCUCGUCUCAAGCGAGAAUGACAAGUCAUCUGCAAAGACACAAGUAUCUGAAAUAUUUCAUCAUGCUGGGGUCAAGGAUUUGACAAUGCAAGUAGAAUGCAUCCAAAGUAGUUAGUCUAAUUGGAGGCUUUGACCAAUUACUAGAAGUGCUCAGUGUUCGCUUCAACUGCAUCAAAUGGAGAUCCCUUGAGACCUGAAGUGAUGUACAGUGGGUUGAGUAAGUGAUAGUUUUUUUUUUUU